AGCAAAUCAGCUUUCACAACAGGUACAUGUAACACCCGCCUCCUUCAACAAAGUAUAUAUACCGAGAGGAGAGAGACACUGCAGAUGCUUUCAGUUCUUGGCAGAGUGUUCCUGGAGUACAUCACACACACAGCCUAGCAGCAGAGUUUGGUGAAGAAAAACAUGCAAAGUGUUCUGAUUCUACUUCUGCAUCAGAAACAUUCCCCCAUGGAGGAGAAAGAAUACUGCAACUACCAGAAACAGGAUGAAAAGCCGACAGAUAUUAAGAAACACAAAUUUAUCAAAGAUUUGAAGAGUCGAUGCAGUUACUUUUUACAUCAUCCAGCAUCAUUUGGAGACUCUUCUUCACUCUUGUCGGCCAAAGCAGAUGGGGUGAAAGUGGCUUUAAAACCAACUCAUGAAGAAGUGAUGACGUGGGCUGAGUCUCUGGACAAUCUACUGGCUCAUAAAUAUGGGCUGAUUGCUUUCAGAGCUUUUUUGAAAUCAGAGUACAAUGAGGAGAAUAUUGAGUUCUGGCUGGCUUGUGAAGACUACAAGAAAAUCAAGUCAUCCAUGAAACUGGCCUCCAAAGCAAAGAAGAUCUACGCAGAAUUUAUCGAGCCAACAUCCCCUAAAGAGAUUAAUUUGGAUUACUACACCAAAGAGCUGAUCGCUUCAAACAUUCAACAGCCAACCUAUUCUUGCUUUGACGUUGCUCAGAACAAGGUCUAUGGUCUGAUGGAGAACAACUGCUACACCAGAUUCCUGCAGUCAGAUAUAUACAAAAAUCUACUCAAUAGCAGCCUUGACAACCACCAGACAUGAAUCUUGCCCUUCCUGAACAGGGAAGACAUCAGGAAGGCUGCCUCUGAAAGAGACAUGGCCAUUUUCUGCUUGAACGGACACUCUGCAAAGGCAUAUGAAAGGCACAUACUUGCUUGAAAAAAGUAGGAGAGGGCAAGGACAAGGAAUGGUGAAAUUACAGCAGAGAGCAUCAAGGAAAAUCUUAAAAGGGAAAGUAGAAAGGCAAUGCAGUGUGGGUGUGCCUCCCCAGUGCCAUGGUCUGUUUCAACUCUCAAUGUAAUGCUGUGGGAAGCACACCAAGCUAGAGGUGUCCCCUGUAGAGAAGGAGACAAGGAGCAAAGGGGACACCACCACUGUGCUGCUGGCCACUGGAACCCAUUGCCUGGCCUCUCAGAAGCAGGAGGUGCAUGGCAUCGGCAACCAGCAGAAGGAGAUAGGUCGGAGUUACACAGGAGGGUCUUGACCCUCAAAACAGCAGAAAAGCAGAAAUGCCAGUAAAUUAUUAUGCUAUAAAGUGAGAUGAUGUACUUCAGAGCUGGGUCUCUACAGCUUGUAAUAUGUUUAUUGAUAAUGAACAUGACAUCUCCAGAUCAGAUCUAUCUAUGUUUUUUUAAACAUGGGGCGCUACUCAAAUACUAGGCAACUGUAAAAGCAGCAAGUGUGUUGCACGCUGUGUGACUUAUAAUCCUGUACGACAGGGAGUUCCAUCAUUUUACAAGGAGUUUAAACCUGAACCAAAUAAACCUUCUUUGCAGAGGGUUGUGCAGAUGUGAUUCAUAAUCUGAUUUUGCCUGGCAAGGAGCUGAGUUACUUGUAUUUCUCAUCUGGGAUUGUUUUCAAAUUAUGGUAUUUAAUUCUUUCUGAUCUAUUUAUAUCUAUGGAUAAAACUAAAUUGUUUUGGUAACAUUUGUAAAUAAAAUUAUUUGAACAGAAA